UUCCUCUCCCUCCCCAGCGCUGGCGCCCUCUCCCUUGCGAGUAAAAUGCGAAUUGCCCCCUCUGGCACUUCGAUCUGCAGCGGUGCUGCUUCUGCCGGUCGCCUGCACGGGGCUGCUGCUGCUGGUCGUCACGUGAGGAGCACGUCUCCUGUAGCCGCGGCUACCUGGCCACACAGCAGCGGCGACAGGAUGGUGGCAGCAAAGGGGCGACGAGCUCUAGCGCCCGCUCUAGGACUCCACACCGCCAAGGUGGCGAGCUCCUCCGUCCGCUCUAGGACUCCACCGCCAAGGGGGCACGCCCUUGCAUCCGGGAGGUGCUCGAGCUUGUCAAAGUGCCCGCCGUUCCGAUUAAGUUAUCGCGGCCUAGGUGAACCAUUAUGUUUUGCUGCAUUUGGCCCAUUGGCGACGUCAGCAUUCCACUUCUCAAACAGCUGCAGAAGCAUUUCAAGCGGGACUGCGCUCCUCCCUAUCACCAAAACAGUCAUAGCUUCAUCCAUCCUUGUUGGGUUGACAACUACCCUGAUACUCUUCUGCAACCACUUUCAUCAGGUAUGAAAUGAACCCCCUCUGACAUAAAAGAUCGACGCGGUAAUUUUAUCACUAUGAAAUGAUCAUUAGCUGACGAAAUUGAAGCAACAAAAUCUUCCUGAAUUAACAAAACAUGAUUAACAAAAGGUGCAGGUUUCCAAAAUCUUCCUGACAAAAUCUUCCUGACAAAACAUGAUUAACAUGAUUAACAAAAAUGAACCCCUUCUUUCUGACAAAAUCUUCCUGUAUGUUUCCAAAAUUAACAAAAUCUCAUUUCCUGAUUUAAUGUUUCCAUUAUUAACAUGAUUGAAUGUUUCCAGAAUUAACAAAAUCUUCCUGAUUGAAUGUUUCCAAAUCAAACAUUACCAAUUUUGCAGGACUACCUACCUAGCAGCAGCAGCAGAGGCUGUGCGAGUUCGUUUGGUCGAGUCAGAAAUACCAGUUGCAGGUGGUCGAUGCAGCAGCAGCAGUAAAAGGCGUCGAUGGCGAGGAAGGAGCCGGCGAGGAAAGACUACCUCAGCAGCACAGUCGACGAGGAAGGAGCCGGCAGGGAAGGAAAGGCUGCGCGCAUGCAUCGCUGCAGUGAAGGGAAUAGGAUCAAUGCGUGCGCGCAUUGCCUUGUUAUGCUUGAUAGUGUAUACUAUUCUAUAAUACUUAAACAUUUUCUUGUUAAUGUGCUUUUUUAUUUGUUGGUUUUGAUGCAGCAUGAAAAUUAGUUUUGUUGGCAAUAAUCUAUC